AUGAAACCAUCCAUCCCAUUCCUACUAUUCCUAACGAACGCGCUCCUUCCAGCCAGCGCAGCAGCCUCCCAAUCCAACCCACCCAAAACAGACGCCUACACACUCGACCAUUUCCGAAAAGUCGGCGCCUGCUUCUUAUAUACCGGAAAGGGGGGAGAUCGCGAAAAGGCCAUUUCACCUUGUAAAGAGUGGUGUCCUGCUCAUGAAGGGAAGGAUAAACAGGGGAUUGGUUGCUACAUCCCAGGCAUAACAACCCUCGACAACCUCGACCCCAGCAUCUUCCUCAACGACGAACAAGGCCACGAAUACAUCCCGGGAAAAUGCCUCUGCGAAAACCCCCAGAAGUACCUUCCCCUCGUGGAGCCAGUCAUAAACUCGCUGUCGAAGCUGGACGAUAUUCUCUGCGGCGUGUUCCUGGAGAGUUUCAAGACGAUCGCCAUGUUUGGACUCAAUACCGUGUUUGGGAGUGGACAAGCCGAGGGGCUGCGGAUGACUGUUGAAGGGACGAAAGGGGCGGGCUCCGGUGAUGGUGCUUGUCGGUUCUUGUUUGGGUGA